CCGUCUCGCUAGGACCGCGUGCAUACCGAUACAGGCAGCGACACGGUCCCGAGUUGCGUGUUGCUGUGCUAUCGAUUCAGCGACCACUGCCGAGUGUCGUGCGUGAUUUCGACUUAGGCUUAUCCUUCGAGUACGCGUCCCGCGACGGAAGUGCCGUUGCCAAAAUUAGCGGCCAGGAGGCUUUAUAUUCGGGGCACCCGGCCUCCCCGAUUCGGCCGGAACCCGUGGCAGGACCGGCGGUCGCUACUUUAGGGGCGCUCCUCCGCUGCGAACCGCGGUUGUCCGACCUCGACGGAUGCGUAGUGAGCCAGCCAGCGUCCGACCGUCGUUGUAUCGAUUGUCUUACGCGAGUAACGUAAGCUCGCGUCGGGGAUCCCCGGGCAAAGCGAGAUAUAUCUCCCUCGGCCGGGCCGUUGCGUCCGGGCGUUUUGUUUCUAGUUUUAUCAAGGGCAUCCCCACGCCUCUUCUCCGGUGAUGUGACGUGCGCGGGCCACUUAGGCAGCGUCUCGUUGCGUUGACAGGUCGAUGCGGCCUCGAUCAUAAACGCAUUGCGCUGUCAAAUGAACCGCACUUGUGGAGCUCGUUUUGUGGGCGGGGCCGCGCGGUUUGAAGAAUGCGAGAGCAACGUGCUAGCCGGAGUGGCGUUCCGUUCGACGGCUGGGCUGUCUGCUCCGGCGCCAAACGUAAACAAAAACGAAUAAAAUAGCCUGACCAGCUGUGCAGUUAAGGCGUGAGGCAUAAUGGCUGGCGUAGAACUGCUCUCGUUCUGUGCGUGCGUAUUCGUUUGAUCAGCCGUCCGGCUAGAUCGAAGAGAUAUGGAAGUCAUGGUUACGUCAUCGCUGAUGAGGUCAGCAAUCUGAUCGCCGCUGCAUCAGUUCCGCGUGAAUCGGAAGCCGCUUAGCUGGCCAAAUUCUGGACCUCGCCUGUGUUGUUAGAACCGGAAAGCCUGCCCUCGUGAACCGUCUUGUUCUGAAGAGGAACACUUCGGAGAGUCAGGCCCCCGCAAUGGCGCCGACGACGAUUGAGACGGUCACGGUCGUCAGGCCGCUGAAGGUGUUCGCCUUCAUCUGCGGCCUGAUCGUGAUCCUGCUGAUGAUCCUGUGCCUGGCCUCGUCCAACUGGCUCAUCGCGCACAAGUUCCGCCAGGGUCUCUGGGAGCAGUGCGUGGAGGAGGACGCGCCGCUCCCGCUGCCCUUCGGCCUGAACGUCAAGCCCGGCUGCUACGUGGCGCGCACCGUCGCCUACAUCCAGGCGGCCGCCGCCCUCUGCGUCAUCACGCUCCUGUGCGACAUCGCCGCCACCGUCAUGACCGGCUGCGGCCUGUGCAGCAAGAACCCCGUGCGCAAGUACCUCAUGUACAGGCUCGCCUUCUACGUCAUGGUCUGCGCACUGCUGUGUAUCCUGAUCGCGCUGGUGAUCUAUCCGGCAUGCUUCGCGGCUGAGAUUGAGGAGAGCAACCGGCAGCUGUGGGAGUUCGGCUGGGCGUAUGGCGUGGGCUGGGGCGCGGCCAUCUUCCUGUUUGGCGCCAUCCUGCUCCUGCUGUGCGAUAAGGAGACCGAGGAGAUCUACUACCGCGAGCGCGCACUGCCGCACGAUGGGGCGGCGGACUCCAAGGCGUAGCCUCCGGGCGUCCGCCUGGGCAAUGGACGCGCCGUCGCCGCCUGAAUUUAACCCCACAGCGCGAGCGUGCCGAGGAAACGCCCAGGCGAUCGUCGCCCGCAGUGCUCCACCUCAAGUCUGCCUCCUACUGACGAUGAUGCACCCCCCAUUGCCUCUGCCCCCUCUGCUCCGCUUAUGGAGCUUUGAACGUGCAGGGAAGAGAGGACGACAACUGGUUCUUCGCUGAGCGGACAUUUGCAUAUCGCUUGGCCUGUAUUAUACAUGUCUUUCUGCACCUCCGGACCACAGCUGCUCAUUCACAAAGCGCACAUAGUGUGGAUUUCAUAAAACGGCCUUGGGUUCCUAAGUGUCGGUAAGAAAAGUAUUUGCCAUGUGGCUCCAUGAGCUCUGCCCGCACUUUCUAAGAGCUUUUCCACCAUGUGGAACGAGGGCGUUCCUUCAUAUCAGACACAGUGCCUUUAGGGCUUCUUAAGCACUCUCAAGUCAGAACUGAGGACAUUGUGCACAGCUUUGAGACUGUUGUUUGCAGAAAGUGCAGAGUGUUCGCACCUCCUGCAAAAGUACAGGCACAUAUUAACCUCUAGCCAUUUGAACUGUAUCGAUUAUUUCACCAAAUCACUUUUUGGCAGGUAAAUCUAAACACAUUUAGCAUGUCGUUAGCAUUGUUAAAAAAUGUUGAGCAGCAACUACCUUGCUGUAGUUCUGCUGCGUACAAAAGAUUGCAGCAAUCAUGAAUAUAGAACAUCUUGUGGAGAACUUGAAUUUGAGUGAAUUUUGAGGCCUGCAGUGUACAGAUUCAGCAAUUCCUGGGUGCCUGCAAAACCUCGGGAACAUCUGCUCUUGAUUGCCUCUAGCAUAUUUCAUUUUUUUUUCACAACUCUGGUUUGACGAUGCAUAAAAGCAGCAUCUGCAAUGAGUAGAACUUAGGCUAGGCUGAACGUUAUCAUCCAAUUCUUGUGAGUGAAACUGCACUGUGUGCGUUUUGAUCGAGUAGCCGUGGCUAGAUGGUCUGAGUGAAAAAAGCCUUGCAAUUGCCUGGCCACAUUGCCACCUGGUGAUACCAUCGUGAAGAGUGCAUUGAGCCGCUCCAGCCUGCAAGACAUUUGCUUGCUACUGCAAAGUUGUCCGGCAGCACCAGCCUGCCGCUGCUGCUGCUGCUGCCUUCUUUGUGCGGGUUCGUGUGCAUGAUAUCAUUCCUCUUCCUCUCCAAGCCUGCCAUCAUCAGCUGUGUCGGGGUGGAUGACUGGAUGUGGAAGUUGUUUUCUUUUUUUUUUCGGAAGGGCAACACUGUGCUGGAUACAACCACACCACCUCAACAUCUGCCUGCAAAGCCAAAAGAAAGGAAGCUGUUGCCGUGAUUGCUUCAUCACAUCUACUGCCACACCCCCACCACUGCCUAUUCAUCCGGGCAGUACAGGCUGGUUGAUGAUGGUUCCGUUUACUUCAAAACCAUCAUGGCACCAUAAUGCAUCAUAAUUGUGCACCGCGGCUGCAAGUGCAUGUCUGCUGUGACCCUGCACAACUCCAGGAAAAGUGCAUGACCAGCUUCCACGAGAAAGAUCGUGCAGACGACGCAGAGGCAGAUUACUCGCAGUCGCAAUGCUCAGUGUGGUGCGGUUGUCCUGUCGUGUCUCCAGAUAAGGAAGGUGGCUGCAUUCUAGCCGUUUAGUUGAGUGAAUGUUACCGUCGUCACUUUGGACAUGUGCGUGGAACGUGGCACAAAGGUGGAAGAAGUGGAAGCCUUGACGCUACUGGCUUCAUGCGAGAGUGCAAGUUGUACAGUUUGUCGGAUGUGCCGCACCUGUAUGCAAAGUGUAAGACAUGAUAGACGAUGCCUUCAAACGCUGGUUUACGGGGUAUACAUGGCCUGUAGGAUAAAACAGCACUCCUGUUUCACCCUCUGCGGAUUAACCAAGCUCGGGUUGACUUCUGGGCAUGCAUUCUCGGCUGUCUUGUUUCUUUAUGUAGAUAAUCAACCUUGACCAAAAACCCACUGGCUGUAAAUGAAUGAGGAGAUUGCAAAUUUAAGAACACCAUGCAUUUUUUUUUUAUAUUCACGAGCUAUGGCAGGCCUUGCAUUGCUUGACAUUGACCGUUCAGCUCGUGCAAGCUGCGUGUGUCUGGCUGGUGAAUUAUGCUGUGCUAAUUGUUACUUUUGAGACUUUACAAAUUAAUUGGGGUUUCUACUGGUUAUGCAAGGUUAAAACAAAUCAAGAUAGAACCUUGUCUUGCUGGAACAGUCUUGCCGAUCUCUUCUGGCCCAGGUCUUGUUUCUUCCGCAGUGGUCAUGUCACUUCUAAACCAGUUGUACAUAACAACAGAGAGGUGUUCAACUCAAUAUUCUCGGUUCUUGUUGAACGGUUUGGUUAGCCUCGUGCUCCCCCUUAAACCCCAUCCGAGCAGCAAAGGUGUAGGCAGCUGUAAUGAAUUUGAACACUCCCUAAGGCACCUCCCUGCUUUAUUUCUUUGUUCCAGAGAUUAUGAAUUUUGUUUUCUUGUUCUUGCUUUACCAGUCCCACACGCCCUGCCCUUCGGAACUGAGAUCUUGCCAGUGAAACUUGAUUACUGGCAAGAGUUGCAAGGGGCAAGGCUGUGAUGCAAUUUCUGCGCACGAGCUUACAACGGGCUUUCUUUUUGUUGAUCAGUUGAGUGCACAUAAAUAUGUAGUAUACUUCUGUGUCUGGUUAUCUUCAUGGCAGCUGCAAUGAGAUAUUGCCUGGUUUUCGGAAGCAUGUAUGCUUACUCUGUGUAUAAUGGAUACUACUGUGUAAUUUAGUCUGCCCAAUUUUGUUUUUCAUGUUUCUCAUCUUUUUAUGGCAGUUUUAUUUUAUUUGGGGCGGUAGGCAAUCAGUGGAUAAGUUCCUUGAAUUUUUUUAGGUGCAAUUGUAAUGUUUCAUUUAAUUGUGCAUCCAUUAAACUGUGCAAAACCGUAAUAAUUUAUACUGUUUAACGUGAUGAAACUCCGUCUUUGGGUUUUUAUGCUGUUUUAGACCAGUUUACUGUCGAGAAACUCAUUUUGAAAAUGUGCAGUAACAGACCCAGAUUCUUUAAUAGAGAAAAUCCUGUCUUUGAUGUUUAAUCCUCAUGCAUCACUGGGCAGCUGGUAAGGCAGUUUAUUUUGCUUCUUGCUUUUAGACACUUUAAUUAAUCAGGCUUGUACGUCCUGCAUCAACAUCUACUCCUUACAGUUUACCAUGAAUUGCAUUUUUAUUUUGUAAUUGUUUCUGGUUCCUUGCAACUGUUGUUUGAUAUUCUGCCCUUAAUUAUGUUGAUGUCCCCGGUCAUUGACUGGGAAUAUCUAAGGUGUUUACCAGAAUGUUAGCAGCUUCCUGUGCAGUGAUAUGAUGGUUGGCAUUUCACUAGUGGGCGUUUUCAUGAAACAGAACCUAUGCAGAGCAGAUGGCAGUCUCUUUUCUUUUUACGUUUCCAACAGAAGAAAGCUUGCAUGAAUCAACCUGAACAGCACAGUGUGUGAACAGUGUUCAGUCAUAUAUCCGUCAUAUUUUCUAGGAGAGGCUGUGCAGGAUAUUUGUCCCCAAGAUUUCUUCUUGUUCUAAGUUCUGUUGAAACGCUGUAAACUUGGUCCUCACUUGGCAAGUUAAGUAAAGCCUCUCGACAAAACUGUCACGCUACUCCUUGCUUGACCUGCAGUGUGAGCACAUGGCAGGUUCCAACGCGUUUCACUUCUUUUUGAUUGGUGUGUUCUAAAACACUCACAACUGAUUAGAUGUAAAAAUGGGAAAUAAGCCAUGGGUGACUUAUAAUGGAGAUACAUACACUCAUUGAACUACUUUUUCAUCUGCUGGAAAAGUUGGCACCGUUCGUGUGCCAGAUAAAUUCGCACUGUUUGUCACUGCGUGCUCACUUGUCACGUCUGUGUCCGUGGGAGUUCCUUUCCAACACAUGGUUCUGUGGGGUGCGUGUGUGUGUGUGCGUGCAUGAGGGUAUUGCAGAUACGGAUUGUCGGUUGCCGUGGGCGAGGCAUAAGAAUGAAAUGUCAUCGUGCAAGGGAAGGCAUCGAGCAUGGUAGAGUUUCUGGAAUGCACGCGUCGCGGAAGGGUAUUUCUCUGCGGACGCUUCCUCCAAGUUCCUCUCUACUAGAUUCCACUACCCUCUUCAUACUCCAACAUCCAAACAUACCUCCUCUCCUGUUAAUAUUUAUGUAAUUGUUUUUUAAAGCCACUUCCCAAAUCUGUCUAAACUUGACUAUGUGUUGUGCAAGCCUUCGUGAGAGGAAGCUCACUUCUUGAUGUUCCGUUUGCACUUUUGUUUGAGAAAGAACACAACCUUGGUAUAGGAUGUAUCAGUAGUAAAGACAAAGGUUUUUAAAAGGCAAGGUGGCUCAACGCUAUAUUUUGCCAGCCUUUGUCUUGGUCAUAUCGUUUAUUUAUUGUGGUCAUCUGGAUAAAGGGCACAAUUUGUACCUGGCUCUUUUUGUAUGCCUCAGUUACAUGUUUAGCCGAUUGCAGGCACAACAGCUCUAUAAUGUCAUUGAAGCAGACACUUUGUCUAGUUGAUCUUUCAUUAUUCAAAACAAAAGGGCAGCAAGGCACGGACCCAAGGAAAGGACCACCGUGCUUCGACAUUAUGGGAGAACCUGCAACAAAGUGGGUGUUUAAUUUGUUAAAUGGAUUUUGCACUUACGAAGGUUAGGAUUAAGGGGCAGUUUUGCUGUGGACAUCCCGUCUCGUUUGAUGUGGACGCAUGAACUAUCCUGCAGCUCUGGAGCCCAGUGUUGUCUAGCUUCAGUGAUUUAAUGGGAAUUGGCAUAUUCCAGCACGAAGUGGUCGGCAAAGGCGUUCCACUUGAGUAGCAUCAAGAAAGUGUAGGAACUUCUUUUGAAUGGUAAUGGCUUUUGCAUGUUGUGGACUCUUCCCCUCUGCUAUCAUCUUGACGUUUUUUUUUUUUUGUCCAACUGAGUGCUCCCUCGUAUGUUUGGCUGAGGGAAUCGCCACGGACAGAUGACCUAUUCUCUGGCAGCUACUCUAUUCGAUUAUUAUUUUACCGUCCUUUCAUACAUUGUGACUUGCAUGCUCGCAUUCAGUAUUGCAAACAUUGUGCUCAACCUCCGAUUGCUGGAAGCCAAGCUUAAGACAACGCAACAUGGCACACCCUUAAUUGACAAAGAACUUGAGGAUAGUGUCAGUCCCAUUUCUGUUUAUUUCGUCACCCUCUACGCUCGCAGAUGCAGGUUGUCAGUGUAUUACUACUUGGCUAGAGUCGGAAGCACAGGAAAGUUGUGCCGAGUGUGUUGGUGUUUAUUAUCUCUUGCCAAGCUUGAGAUUUGUGAAAAAUCAAGGAACCCUCAAAAAGGGUAAUCCAAGUGGUUAGUGUGUUGAUGCUGUAAGAAAGUGUGGCGUGUAUUUAUUAUGCAGUAAGCCUGUCUUGCGUGUAGAUGCACCACAGCAGCUCUGCUGAUGGGUUCAUACAGUGUCCCGUAUGCUUUUGAAAAAAAUAUGCUCUGAUAUGUAUGUUCUUGUUUGUACAAAACAGGCGAGUGUGGCCGGGUUCUUUUGUGCCUCAUGAAUGUGUAUGCAAUCAAAAUUUUAAUGGAAUGUGACUCUGUUUGAAAAUUGAAAAUGUUAUAGAUAAGGUGUCGCUGUUUUGUAAUGGCGCAAAUUGUUGGCAGAGGCCGACGACUGUCUCUUUUUUUUUUUCUUCGUAUGCUUUGUGAUAAAAUUAACUAAUUGCUUACUUUUGUCUGCAGAUAUGUUGGACAUGAAAUUUUCUGCUGCUGAAUCGUUGAUUGACCUUCACAUGGCAGUUGUCAGUCCUUGCAUUUAUUUAUACAACUCUGUUAUUGCUUCCUCGGGGUCUGAGCCUUCUUGUUUUUUUUGCAUGACAUAAGAAGCGAAGGAGGAGGGAGGAAGCUCCCGAGUCACUGUCCUAGAAAUGUGAAUGUUGAAACCACUGCCAAGCUGUGUCCCUUCAAUAUGGACACAGUCUGUUAUGGAGUUUUGGUGCAAGUCAUACUAUGUCUACAUCCUUUUCUUUGUAUUCUCCAUCAACACGUGUAUCUUUGUUUUUUGUGAAUGGGUGUAUGUAUGUUGAACCCCAUAGGUUUGGCUGCAUGGUUUUCACACUUCUGCAUCCGUGAACACUUUGCACUGUGUACGUUUGCCGUGCAUUUUGCAUUCUGCUGUUCCGUAGGUGCUGCGGCAUGGUUGCCAGCACAUUUCUGUCGUGUGAAUGUGGCGCUUACACUGACGUCUGCACGUGACUUUUAUUAAGCAUGUGCGACCGUUGACAAGAGGAAGUGUUCAUUCUAGCAUUUCACCCUUAGGUGAGCGAUUUGCAAAGCGAACUUAAAUUGGAAAAUUGGAAAGCGUUACUUGUAGAUAGAGCUGGUGUGUGCUUUUUCUCUUCUUUCUUUAUGUUGUAGUGUCAUGUACACUGCGUGUUGUUACGCUUAUUUAUACAGUCAAGUCAGUAAGUGGGUUUUCAUGGAGUUGCAUCCCAACCUUCUUGGACAUUGAUUCUUUGCUUCAGUGCUUUUUGUGUGCGUUUAUUUUAUUAAGUCAAGCAAAAUUUUCUGCUCACUUAACUGUUGCUCUUGACUGAAGUAAUAAAUAAUUCACUGGAGUACAAUGGGAUCACUUGCAAGAAAGUUUGACCUUUGUAAUAGUCAAAUCAUGUGGUAAGGUCUACCCAGUCAUUAAAGUGACUGUAGCAGAGCGCAUGAAGUUUUAUGUGCAUUGGUACUUUGCCGGACAAUCGAUGCACUAAAAUAGGUAGAAACAUAAGAAGAGGGCUGAAAUGAAAUGGUGUGUUUGUGUUAUGUCUGCAGAGUUCACUGUUGCCAUUCUUAUGGGACGCGCUGUUUUCAUUGCAUCUCUAUGUGCACAACUCUUCUUUUCCCUUCAAGACUAGAGCUUGAAAUGGCAUUUAAUUUUCCACACUUGUGCAGUUUAUAGGCUUCCUUAUACUGCGUAUUUCAGUCAUGUUAUGUAGCACUGAAGGAAGAUAACUGGACAGAUCGCUAUUAUUUUGCUUUAUUCUGACUUGUUUUUACAUGUUCUUCAGAGUGCACUCAUUCAUACCGUGCAGUACAGUGAAACCCUGUUAAUAAACAAAAGGAAAAAAACAAGAGAAUGAAAGUAGUUAAAAUGCUAAUUUAUGCUGGGAAAUGUGAUCCAAGCACAUGAUCCAAACACUAUGUCUGCAAAGUUCUCCACCACGAUUGUACAUAAACCAGGAAAGUCCCAUGAUUCGGAGAAAUGUUGAGAAAAGUUUACAGUGUUUGCCGCGCUGUACGUGCAUGCAUCCCUUCGUGCACUGCCAUAUUCGUAGCUCUCGCCUCAUUCGUCUCUGCACCAUAGUUGAGGUUACCUACCACGUUUUUUUGCACCAGUUUUCAUUCCCAUGAUGCUUGGCAAUAGAAUCGUACUUCAAUGUCAUUAACGUGACCCACCUCGGCUUUGGUCAGCUGCAUUGCACUACUUUGUAUGGGAAUUGCAAAAAGCCUUCUGACGACGAUGGGCACGUGCUGGUGGACGAGUUGGUUAUACAUGAUUACAAAGAAGGCUCUGAAUAAAACAACAGACGAAAAAAGGAGACACGAGACAACCACGUAGGCGCCUACGUUGCGCCUACGUGGUUGUCUUGUGUCUCCUUCCUUCGUCUGUUGUUUUAUUUGGCGCCUUCUUUGUAAACUUCUGACGAGGUCACCACGAAACUAGCCCAUUAAGUGUUUUGCAGCAAUGUUUUUCCUUUUCUUUUUUUCUUUAGGUUUAUAGAGCCUUGCAUACUCGCGCAGUGACAGUUGUCAGAAGUUGCAGGGGAGGCUAGCAGAUUUACUAUUUAGCGCAGUUUAUAGACUGUGAUAAGUCAUGAAUGCAGGAGACGCUCCUCCCAUUAAAGACACCUUCGUCUGCUGUCUUAACUAUGUACCUGCUUCUGUGGUUCAGCAACUGUGGCUAAGUGUGUUGCCCUCAGGUGUCACAGGGACUUCUUUGGCUAAGGCGCUGUUGACGUCAACAUUGAGAUGUGGUCAUUUGAGAAAGUGGUCUGUCAUUGGCAUAAGCUGUCACAGUCAAGAGCAUCAUCUCUCUACAACAGAGAAAUGAAUGCUAGUGCAUGUCACCUAGAAGGCAAAAAAAAAACGUAAGCACCAAGUACAUGACAAAAGGAAUGCGUGUGACAGCUACUUGCGAGUCUCGGAAAGUGGCCAGUCCUUUCUCAUCAGCAUGCAGCAAAAGGAAAUGGUCGAUGUAUUGAUGAGCAAACUUAAUUUGCUGGUCAAGCAACAAAUCUCUGACAAAGAUUAGCUUGUAAGAUGCUCAGACAUACUGCAAGAGGGUGAAUGAAUGAGGGCAAUUGUCUGGUGAGCCGUUAACAGUUCUCUUUGAAGGGUAUUCAACACUGCAUUCUUUACCGGUCACUGGCCAUACGGGAUGCUAGCAACAAGGCACAUUAAGUUUUGCUGCAUGCUUAGGCCUACUAAAGAACACAUCGGCAUGUUGUAUAUGGGCUAACAUGAUACUGGCAUGUCAUUUCUGCUGCCUAAAAAAAAAAAUGCCUGCAAGCUUCUUGUGUGCAACAUCAAAGGAAUGUGGCAGCUGCCAUUCUUGAAUCUAUUUUUAAUUUUUCCCAUCCAUAUAUAAAAUCAUGUAUGAACUCUGUAGAAUAACCUUCUGAAGGGUGUCUUUGUGUGAGUUGCAGCCAUUUCAAAUGUUAGUGUAGGUUGGUCCUAUUUUUCCUUUUUUUCCUUCCGUCCGAGUACUUAGAUGCCCUUCCUUAAUUAUAGGAGGGAAUCUUGUAUUGUAAAAAGAAAGAAAGAAAUAGGUCUUGGUUAAAAACCUCAUUUCUUUUUCUUUGUAAAUAAGAAGCCAAACACUUGCCAGUUGCUUUUGCUCGUGGUGAGUGAAGGCACGGUACAAUGGUGUAGCAUGCUGCUAGGCUACCCUUGUGAUGAUGUAGGGUUGUGCAUUUUAGUAUCCUCGUUUUUUUUUGCAUGUUUAACCUUGCCUUUUAAGGCUGCUGUGCGGCCUAGCUGUAAUAGGUGGGCAGUCAGUUUCUAAUUCAAGUUGUCGCAGCGGCUGAAAAAUAAAUUCGCCUGCAUUUUUUUUUUCCAUUUUACCAGGUAUAGGAUUGACUUUUGAAGCUUAGAAAGAAGAAACAAAGAAGUGUGUUUGUAAAUAUAUCUAGCUGGGCAACAUUCAAGGAGAACAGCUCUAGUUGCAUUUCAGUACCAUUUAGUUUCAAAACUACAUGCCACAGCUGUUGUAUCUCAGUAUAGGGAUUUCUUGUUUUUCCCAAGCUAAACUGGAAUCUUGCCUGCUCUGUAAAAAACUGCCCAAAUGUUGCAUCAUGCAGGCAGGCUAGCAUAGAUGGCUAUCCUGGCUGAACUGCAUCCAUGUUUGUGCUCAAAUUUCACUACAAAGGUGGCAUUUGGCAAUGCGCUUUUGUUUAAGGCUGCAUUUUGCUGCAGUGUUUGCCCAUUUCGUCGGGAAGGAAUCCCGACGUUUCUGUCGUCCUGCUACAAGGCUGAACAAAAAAAUUUCUCUUUUUUUUUCAUUUAAGAGAAUACUAGUAGCAUUAUUUGUCACUAAAACUUUGACAGUGCUCCGUACACUGUCAUCUCUGCAAUGGGCGUAUUGCCCUCUUGGGACGGAUAGUGCCGCCAUCUUUACAGAUCCAAAAAAGCUUUUUCUGGUCUGCCAUGCCAUGACCUUUGUGUACACCCAAUUAGUUAUGAAUGAAACGGGCACAUACAGCUCUCUAGCAUUACAAUAAACAAAAUAUCGUUCAAAAUACCACUCUGUGUCAAAUUUGGGUACAAAUGAACAAAGCAGUGGUCCAGCUUAAAAUGUUGGCACUGCCUGUCUGCCUGAGCGAUGCAGCAUUCAGUAUUUGCAAGUGCAGUAUGUUUGUACAGGCUCUAAAGAAAGGUAAAAAUACAUCCUGAAGAUUUUCUGUUGAAAGGUCAGCAUUGCAGUUAAAAAAUUGCCAAGUUUGUGUGCUGCAACAUCAACAUCUCUGCUCUGAAAGAAUGCUGUCUGAACAACAUCUCAGGAAGCAGACAUGGAAUUUCCCUGUGGUAGACAUUUCACCCACACACUCUCAUCUGUGGCUUUCAUGUGUGAAAGUUGCUUUGCGGUGUAAUUGGUGAAAGGAGAAAAUUGCAAAAAAAAAAUUGAAAGCAAAGUAUUCAGCCUGUGCAAAGAGGCUUGCAUAUAUGUGUAUGUUCAUCUCUCCGAGUGUUUAUAGAACUUUUUGACGUGCUUUAGCGCCAGCGGCAAAAAUGUUACUGCCGACACUUUCGUGUGCGAGCCGUUUGUAGGCGCAACUCUUGUGUGUGCAAGAGUUUGCAAAUAUUUUCAUUGCAUUUGCAGUAGAGCUUGUUUAUUACCAUCUCUCUUUAAUAUUCUUGCCCGAAGGUUAUUAUUGUCAACAAUCUUCUGCAGUAGCCUCAGUUGGCAGACCCCCUCUGAUGUCUUUAUUUUGCUUUAGUUGCUGAACUCAGUUCAGUAGUGCAACUCUUUCAAUGCGGUUUGUUUUUUGGAGAGAUCAAAUAAAAGUUACAUUUUCAACUGUUA